GAAACAAUCAUCCUCGUAGCGGGACGGGGAGAGGAGGGGGAGUUUGUUCCCAUUUCAGUUGCUGGCAUUCAAAUAGCCUAUUUUUUCCAUCAGGCUAUACAACAAAGGGAUAAGGUCCAUAGAGAAAACGCUAUGACAACUAAAAAGACAUGCACGGAUUUAACGAAAAGGAGCCGAAGCCCCGUCGUUUUAGAGGCGGAGAUGUUCAGGGAAUUUCAGGACUGGUGUCUCCGGACUUACGGUGACUCGGGUAAAACAAAGACGGUCACCCGCCGAAAAUACAACAAAAUUAUGCAGACUCUUUUGCAGAACGACGACUCAGAGGGCGUUUACGUUGAUAAUAGCCACAUCAAUGCCAAAUUCAAAUUCUGGGUGAAGUCAAAAGGGUUUCAGGUCGGAAACAACAUUCUGGGCGAGCACAACAAGAAAGGAGCACCGGGGAAGCCCGUCCUGUACGUUCCUGUCAAAUCAACGUGUUCAGAUGGCAGUGCGACCCAGGACAGCUCCCUGAAGAGAGUGGCGGUGGUGGAGGACUUCUUCGACAUCAUCUAUGCCAUGCAUGUGGAGAUGGGGGCCGAUCCCGGACGAGCCCCCAAGCAUGCAGGCCAGAAGAAGACCUACAAGGCGAUUGCGGAGACAUACGCCUUCUUACCCAGAGAGGCUGUGACCCGUUUCCUGAUGAGCUGUGGAGAAUGCCAGAAGAGGAUGCACAUCAACCCAAGCACCGCCGAGUUCAAAGAAAAUGACCGCCCCACUUCUCUGGUCCCAGACCUCAUUGACUAUAACAUGCCUCUUACUGCCACCUACCUGAAGCAGAUGAAACUGCAGUGCAUGAAUGCCAACGAACAGGAUGACAGUUCGGUGAGCAGUGAGGACAUGGACAUGGCAGAGCCGGCGUGGGUCUCCGCUGAGCGCGCUCCCGUCCCCGCCCCGACUCCCACCCCGGCCGCCGCUCUCGUGCUCGCCGCCGCCGCGUCCGUACCGCAGCCCAGCCCGCCCAGACAAAGCCCCCACCCCACCAUUAAAGAGGAGGACGAUGACUCGUACUCGGAGAACGGCAGUGCCAACGGCCUCCCCGCCCUGACCCUGCCUGGGGCCACCGUGGUGCCUGGGGUCGUUUCUGUGGUAACCGCCGACGGGUCUCUGCCGUACCGGGAGGUGAACGGGAACGGGACGGUGGCGACGCCGCUGGACUUCAGCACCACUUCCUCCUCUUCCUCGUCUGAAGACCAGCAGCCCGUUAGCGUGACAGACCGGCUGCUGCCCGUGCAACCUGAGCCCACCAGGAAGUACCCUGUCAAGUCAGAGUAUGGCAACAAGUCUCCUCAGUACAGCUCAGGGAGCUAUGACUCGGUGAAGACUGAAGUGAGCAUGUGUGCGGAGGAGCUGACAUCAGCCCGGGCCCAGGCCUUGGACGAUGAUGAUGACGAGCACGAUGACCAUGACGACAGUGAUAAAAUCCCAGAGGGCCUGGACCCCGAGAGGCUGAAGGCCUUUAAUAUGUUUGUGCGUCUCUUUGUGGAUGAGAACCUGGACCGCAUGGUGCCCAUCUCCAAGCAGCCUAAGGAGAAGAUCCAGGCCAUCAUCGAGUCAUGCAGUCGCCAGUUCCCUGAGUUCCAGGAGCGCGCCCGCAAGCGUAUACGCACCUACCUCAAGUCCUGCCGCCGCAUGAAGAAGAGUGGCUUUGAGACUCGUCCCACACCUCCCCACCUCACCUCUGCCAUGGCUGAGAAUAUCCUGGCUGCUGCCUGUGAGAAUGAGUCACGCAAUGCUGCCAAGAGGAUGCGACUAGACAUCUACCAGACCAAUGACGAGCAGAUCUCCAUAGAUAAGCCCAGCUCCAGGGACCCGGCCGCUCUGGCCCACUCAGGCUUUGCUCUGGCCGCCUCUGCCUACUCCCAGGACCAGCUCUACACCAACGGUGGGCUCAAUUACAGUUUCCGUGGUUACGGGGCCCUUGGUGGCAGCCUGCAGAACAGCGGCACAACACAGAGCAAUGGUCCCACAGAUCUAAGUAUGAAGUCCCUGGCCUCCAACUCCUCCACCUCCUCCAGUUCCAACAGUCAUGGUCAGGGUGGGGGUGGGGGCGGGGCUUCCGCCCAGCUGAGUGCUCCCGAGGUGACGGCCGUGCGACAGCUCAUCGCCGGCUACCGCGAGUCUGCCGCCUUCCUGCUUCGCUCCGCCGACGAGCUCGAGAACCUGAUCCUCCAGCAGAACUGAGCCCGGGGCGCACCCAUACACACUCUCAAACAGACACACACACACACACACACAUUAUACACGCCGGACCAAACCGAGCCAAUUCGUGCCGAACCGAACCACUCCGAACGUGGUGGUGACCUGGUGUCAGCCUGCCUCUCGUUCCACACACACGCACGCACACACACGCUCUGUCUCACUCAUUUUUUUUUUUUGCCCGGACGUUUACGUGUGACAGUGACGGAGUCGGAGUGAAGACACACAAGCACACAGAUGCACGCGUUCAGAAACAGUCCUCUCUCUCUCUCUCUCUCUCUCUCUCUCUCUCUCUCUCUCUUUCUCUAUGUAUUCCAUCUUUGCCAUCACCACGGUCAUUGCAAGCCAACUCUUGUUUUCUGGAGAGGAGGGGAAGAGCAAAAAGAAAAAGAAAAGCCUCUCUCCCACCUCGAAGAGAACAGGAAGAGAUGAUAGGUGAAGAGGAUGAGGUGGUACUGUAGGUGAAGAGGAGGAGGUGCUGUUUGGCUUUCACACUCAAAACAAACAGUUUUUUUUUUAAGAAAAAAAAACAAAUACUCAGACUGUUCUCGCCACUUCCAGCUCUCUCAGCCUCUCGUUGCUUUGGUUCCCUGCUGGGCUCAGAGGUGGAUGUGCAGCUCCUCGCUCGUGGACCUAUGCAUUGCACUCAGCACCGUUACGAU